CUCCUCACUUCCUCUCUCCAAACCGCGCCUGUGAAUGGGGCUGGCGGUAUACAGCCCCGAAAGAAUACACCAUGUAAAAGUAUAAAAAGUACACAGAACGCAAACUAUUGAUUUUUCUCAUUAUUAGUUCCGUUAGUCCACGCGUCGGGGGCAACGCUUGCAUUUCGGAAGAGAGCGUGAGUGAGGGCACAGAUUAAUCCCGUGCAAGGUAGCAGACAGAUACCAUGCAGAUAAGUGAUGGCCCCAGUUACUUCCCGGUCUUUGUGGCCCCGCCCAACGUUAACCACCGGUCGCCAGGAUUCGUCCCCGGCAGGGUCGUACCUGUCCACUCCCCACCUCCAACUAAGGCCCCACCCCCUCCCCCCCUGAAGCCCAUUGGCCCACCUCCUGAGCGCCGUGCGACCUUUAGCCUAUCAGAGAAUGGCCACCGCCUAGAGCGUGGUCAGAGGAAGAGGAAUACUUUAAUAUGCUUCGGUGUCUCAAUGGGGGCCUUCUUUUUCUCGAUCAUCCUCAUCCAGAGCCUCACCAGUGGAGACGUGUUGGAUGGGAACUGUCCAGACCACAGCACCUCCCUGAGCAGCUGGAACCCUGGUCACAACCCAGAGAAGGCCGUGGUCGUUCGGAGGGGAGAUCUGUUUCGAUUGGACUCUUCUGCCACCUUAUACUCCCUAACCAUCCAAUCAGGAGGCCGAGUGGUCUUUGCAGACAAUGCUGAGGGCUCCAAAAACAUCACUCUCAGAACGCGCCAUGUGCUGAUUGAAGACGGGGGUUCGCUGCACAUCGGUGCCCCCAAAUGCCGCUACCGCUCCAAGGCCACAAUCGCCCUGCUGGGCCGUUCAGACGAAAAGGCAGUCGCGGAAGUACCAGAAUUGGGCCGGAAGUUCAUUGGGGUGCGUGGUGGUGCAACCCUGGAGAUUCACGGGACAGAAAGGCUGUCGUGGACCCUCCUGACCCGCAGCGUCUCCUCCUCAGGUCUAGCCAUGGGGGGCUAUGCCUUCCAGCGCAACUUUAGCCGUGGAAUCAACCUGCGUGUGGUGGACCAGGACACGGCCAGUGUGCUGUUCAGCGAGCGCUACGACACGCACGAGUCACGCAACGAUAGCCAGCGGCUCACACAGCUGCUCCGGUCGCUGCCUGCGAGGCGCAUCGUCACGCUGGCCGUGGGAGACUCGGCUGUCAAGAGCCUGCUGGACGAGACCAAGAGAACCAUCCAGAGCCUGCUUGGUAGUACAUACGUCCAUGACCUCAAAUACAGGCAGGCCUGGGCCUUGGUAUCUGUGAUUGGUGGAGGGAACGGCUCGUGUUCAGAAGCCGUGCGGGAACAUGAGAACCAUGACACAGGAGGGAAGGCGCUGGCCCACCAGAACUUCACCACUGUGGACGGGGUCGGCUUCUCUGUCACAGCCUACAGCGAAUGGAAGAACGGUUUUCCCAUAUCUGGCUUCCAGGUUGAUGCUGUGGACCAGGUUGUCCUGAACCUGCAAGAUGAUGUAAGCACUUGGCAACCUGGGAACCAGGUUGUGGUUGCCAGUACUGACUACUCCAUGCAUCAGGCAGAGGAGUUUACCCUCCUCCCAUGCCCGAGCUGCACCAGCAGACAGGUCAGAGUUCAAGGGAGGCCCCAGUUUGGCCAUGUGGGGGAGAUUGUGGACGGGGUGGACAUGCGGGCAGAGGUAGCAAUGCUCAGCAGGAACAUACUCAUCUAUGGGGAGAUGGAAAACGCCUGCUAUGGAAACAACUGGUGCCAGUUCUUUGACCACGACACGUACGGCGGACACAUUAAGAUAUUUGGGAAUUUUACCUCGGUGCACCUGUCCCACGUGGAGUUGAGGAACAUGGGGCAGCAGAAGAAGGGCCGCUACCCAGUCCACUUCCACCGCUGUGGGGACGUGGACGGACGAGGGGGCUACCGGGAACCAACCUACGUGGACGGCCUUUCCAUCCACCACUCUUUCUCCCGCUGCAUUACCAUCCACGCCACCAACGGCCUGCUGGUGAAGGACACCGUAGGCUAUGACACCCUGGGUCACUGUUUCUUCCUGGAGGAUGGGAUAGAGCAGAGGAACACGUUCUUCCACAACCUGGGUUUGGUGACCCGACCGGGAACGCUCCUGCCCACCGAUCGCAAUGAGACCAUGUGCACCAGCAUCCGAGACAAAGUGUACAAGAACUACACCCCUUCACCGAGCAUGGAGUGCAAGGCAGUGUCUACGUUUUGGAUCGCCAACCCCAAUAAUAACCUCAUAAGCAACGCUGCUGCUGGCUCCCAGGAUGCUGGGAUAUGGUAUGUGUUCCACAGCUCUUCCACAGGGGACUCUCAUGGGCUGGUUCCAGAGACCCGGGCAGAGCUGACCCCUCUGGGGAUCUUCUACAACAACCGGGUGCACUCCAACUUUAAGGCUGGGCUCUUCAUUGAUAAAGGUGUAAAGACCACCAACGCAAGUGCUGCAGACCCCCGGGAGUACCUAUGUCUGGACAACAAUGCCAGGUUCCGUCCACAUGAGAAUGCAGACCCAAACCGGCCGCGGGUGGCUGCUCUCAUCGACACACUCAUCGCCUUCAAGAACAAUGACCUCGGAGCCUGGAUACGUGGCGGUGACAUCACCAUUCAGAACUCUGGAUUUGCAGACAAUGGGGUGGGACUCUCCUUUGCGAGUGACGGUAGCUACCCUAAGGAUGAGGGCUCCAGUCAGGAGGUGACCCAGUCUCUGUUUGUGGGAGAAAGCCGCAACCGCGGCUCCAACGGAGGCCAGAACAAGUACUGGGGCCAGGGAGGAGCAGAUGGCAAGAUGAGGACACUGCCCAGGAACAGGACAUUCCCGAUCCGUGGCUUCCAGAUCUACGAUGGUCCUGUUCGGCUCACCCAGAGCACUUUCCGAAAUUAUGUCCCGACGACGGAGCGCUUCGCCAGUGCAGUGGGCUUCAACCUGAAGAACACCUGGCAGCUCACGCCCCGCAACAACCUGUCCAAGCUCAGCUUCCGGCCCAAUGUUAGUCUGAGAGUGUUCUUCGGGCAUCCGGGCCAGUGGUUCGAGGAGAAUGAUCUGGACGGGGAUAAGAACUCCAUCUUCCAUGACGUGGACGGCUCUGUGACGGGCUACAGGGACGUGUAUGUGGGCAGAGCAGACAACUACCUGAUCCGUCACCCCGACUGUGUCAACAUCACCCAGUGGAACGGGUUGGUCUGCAGUGGCACCUACUCUCAGGUGUAUAUCCAGACCCAGGGAGCUCCCAGCCUCAGUCUGUCCAUCAGUAGAGAUGAGUAUCCUGAGGCUCCCCUGGUGCUGAGAGGUAUCAACAGCCAGCGGGCGCUGUCCCAGCAGUACCAGCCUAUCCUCAUGAUGAGCAAGAGCUACACCCUGCACUGGGACGGCCCGGCUCCCAGAGAGAUUGUCCUCUCCCUCAUCAACUUCAACCAAGGUGACUGGGUGCUGGUGGGCCUCUGCUACCCGCCUGAUACCACCUUCCAGGUUAUGGCUGACAUCAACGAUCGCCAGAGCAACACCUUCAAUGACAUCACCGACUACGGGCCCUUGGACUCCCUCGCCGAGCUGGAGAAGAAGCCGCUGGAGAGGAAGUACUUCUUUGACCACAGUGUGGGAUUGCUGUGGCUGUAUUUGCAGGCGAGGCAGAGACGCGACGGCCACAGCUACUGCUCGGUUAAGGGCUGCGAGAGGGUGAAAGUGAUGGCCACCACGUCGUCCUCCAAACUGACCUGUAACUGCACGGCCAAGGCAUACCCCAAAUACACCAAGGCCCCCUCGGCAGUGGUCCCCAUGCCCACCCUCAGCACUCAACCUUGCAGGGACUGUGGAGCCUCCCAGCUGGUGUUUUCCAGUGACCCGUGGAACGCCUACCUCCAAACUCAGAUCAAGUCUCUCAGCAGCAAGGAGCAGCAUAGUGGAGACACACAGUCCUUCAUCACUGUGAACCGUGAGACGUUCUCCUUCACACAGCCAGGCUUCUUCCUGGUCUCUGUGGACGCCUGCUCUGGAAAAGUCACAAAGAAGUCAUCUUUCUCCAAAAUGGACUCUAAAAUGGAGCAGUAUUUUAAAACUGGAAUACCAAAGAGGUCAAUAGUGCUCCUGGGAACGCGAGGGCAGCCUGAUGGCUUAGCCGGUGUUGCACCGUAUCUGGUCCCCCUGGGCAUGACCAAGGCAGCAGAUCUGCAGAGUAAAGAGAGCCUGGUGUUUUGGGGGUUCCAGGGUGGCUCUUCCCCCCCUCCGUGGGCCUCUAUCCUAGCUGGGCAGGGUGAGGAGGGGCUGGGGCUGCAGGAGCGCUACCUCCCCCUGGGCCUGGAGGCAUACGGCUGCACACAGACCAGCACUCGCAGAGACAUGGAGCUACUUAGGACCGCCACAGGACCAUAGUGACCAAUGAGAACACAACUUACACAAAACACAAUCAACCAGCGAAUGAAUGUGAACUUCUAUUAUUUAUUAUUUUAUUGGCAAAGAUGUUUACUCAUUUGUGUGUGUGUGUGUGUGUGUGUGUGUGUGUGUGUGUGUGUGUGUGCUCACAUGCCUGCCUGGGUGUGGUGUAGUGGGAUGUAUGUGUGGGGCAUGGGGAGGGUCUGUAGAUGCAUGAAAAUAUGCACUUUCCUAGUCACAUGAUUUGCAAUAUCAGCCAGUCAUCUCACUGAGCCAUGAAUUCAUAUUCAGCCUUCAAUGAAAACAACCAAAAAGAUGCUGCACAUCUGCCAUAUUUCAACAAAUUAGACUGUAAACAGGAAAUCAAUGGGGGGUGGAAAGCAGAUGAACAAAGUAACCACAUCAAACUGGUGUGGUCUAUCACUCCUAUCCUGUUCCCCCUGGUGGGUCUCUGUCUCAGGCCAGUCUUUGACCGGUCUGCUGCUCACCACAUCCAUAGACCAAACGCAUCAUUAAGAAGAGGACUGACAAAGCAAACCAAAGGAAAAACACUCAUUAUUCCACCUUUGUCCCCCCCGUCUGUUUCCUUGCACGCACCUGGGGGAGAGUUUUGUUCAGCUACUAGAUCUGUUGAAAUGGGAUUUUACUAAACAAAUCAUCUAAGUGUAUUAGAAUGAAAAUAUUUUCUAUGGGAUUACAUUGAGACUGUUGCAUUUUCAACAACUGUUUUUUUCCCCCCCAAGGAUGUGUCCUUUUUUGUAAGAUAUUUAUUUGAUCUCUAGACAGUGACACUUUCCCCAGGGCUGGCUACGCGUGUAGCGGAGAUGGGUUGUUUCUCUUCUUUUCCUUCUCAUUAUCUCACCAUUGAAACGGUGUUUCCAACUCAUUUACCUUUUAGGAUGGUUAUGUGCACUCCCCUGCGUAUUUAUUUGGACUGUGAUGCUAAAAUGUUUCAUUUGGCUUUAUACUCCAUUUUGGAUUUGAGAUCAAAUGUGUUAUGAGGCAACAGUACAGAAUGUCACCUUUUAUUUUAGGGUAUUUCCAUACGUCUGUUAUGAGGUUUAGAAAUGUAUGCUCUUUAUGUACAAUAUCUAGUCCCCACCCAUUUGAAGGUGGAUAAGUAUUUGGACAAAUUCACUUGUAGUGUAUUAAAUUUAGUCGAUAACGUUUAGUAUUUGGUCUCAUUCAUACAGUAGCACGCAAUGACUACAUCAUUGUGACUACACACUUGUUGGAUGCAUUUGCAAUUUGUUUUGGAUUAUGUUGUGCCCAGUAGAAACAAAUUUUAAGUAAUGUGUUGUCAUUUUGGAGUCACUUUUAUUCUAAAUUAGAGGUCGACCGAUUACGAUUUUUUCAACGCCGAUACCGAUUAUUGGAGGACCAAAAAAAGCCGAUACCGAUUAAUCGGACAAUUUUUUUAUUUAUUUGUAAUAAUGACAAUUACAACAAUACUGAAUGACCACUUAUUUUAACUUAAUAUAAUACAUAAAUAAAAUCAAUUUAGCCUCAAGUAAAUAAUGAAACAUGUUCAAUUUGGUUUAAAUAAUGCAAAAAAAAAGUGUUGGAGAAGAAAGUAAAAGUGCAAUAUGUGCUAUGUAAGAAAGCCAAUGUUUCAGUUCCUUGCUCAGAACAUGAGACCAUAUGAAAGCUGGUGGUUCCUUUUAACACGAGUCUUCAAUAUUCCCAGGUAAGAAGUUUUAGGUUGUAGUUAUUAUAGGAAUUAUAGGACUAUUUCCCUCUAUACCAUUUGUAUUUCAUUAACCUUUGACUAUUGGAUGUUCUUAUAGGCACUUUAGUGUUGCCAGUGUAACAGUAUAGCUUCCGUCCCUCUCCUCGCUCCUCCCUGGGCUCGAACCAGCAACACAACGACAACAGCCACCAUCGAAGCAGCGUUACCCAUGCAGAGCAAGGGGAACAACUACUAGAAGGCUCAGAGCAAGUGACGUUUGAAACGCUAUUAGCUCGCGCUAACUAGCUAGCCAUUUCACUUCGGUUACACCAGCCUCAUCUCGGGAGUUGAUAGGCUUGAAGUCAUAAACAGCGCAAUGCUUGACACACAACGAAGAGCUGCUGGCAAAAUGCACGAAAGUGCUGUUUGAAUGAAUGUUUACGCGCCUGCUUCUGCCUACCACCACUCAGUCAGAUACUUAGAUACUUGUAUGCUCAGUCAGAUUAUAUGCAACGCAGGACACGCUAGAUAAUAUCUAGUAAUAUCAUCAACCAUGUGUAGUUAACUAGUGAUUAUGAUUGAUUGUUUUUUAUAAGAUAAGUUUAAUGCUAGCUAGCAACUUACCUUGGCUUACUGCAUUCGCGUAACAGGCAGUCAGUCUCCUUGUGGAGUGCAACGAGAGAGAGGCAGGUCGUUAUUGCGUUGGACUAGUUAACUGUAAGGUUGCAAGAUUGGAUCCCCCGUGCUGACAAGGUGGAAAUCUGUCGUUCUGCCCCUGAACAAGGCAGUUAACCCACCGUUCUUAGGCCGUCAUUGAAAAUAAGAAUGUGUUCUUAACUGACUUGCCUAGUUUUUUUUUUUUUUAUGUAAAUCGUCGCCCAAAAAUAACGAUUUCCGAUUGUUAAAACUUGAAAUCGGCCCUAAUUAAUCGGCAAUUCUGAUUAUGAGUCGGCAAUUCUGAUUCUGAGUAGAAGGUUAGCAAUUUUUGGGGGUAUGACAUGUACGCCUUUAACUUUCUCACUCAUCAUUAUUCAUGAUUCAUUCAUGAUUGUCCGUAAACAUGGUAGCAUCCAAGUGUUGAGAUAAUAUUAUAUUUUGAAUUACAAUAAACGUGACUCAAAUGACAGAAUACAAUAUUUACCAUUUGUUUCUAGUGGGCAGAACAUAAUCCGAAACACAACCAAAACAAACUGCGAAUGCAUCCAACAAGUUUGUAGAGUCGCAGGCUUGACGUAAACAUUGCAUGAUAGGAAUAUGGGACCAAAUCCCAAAUGAUUGACUACAUGUAAUGCACUAAGUGAAUUGUCCAAAUGCUUAUGACACCUUUCAAUGGGGGGACUAGAUGCAUAAAUUGCAUUCAGUUCUAAACAGUAAAGCAUGUAUGAAAAUACCCUCACAUAAAAGGUGGCAUUCUGUACUGUAUCGUGAAAUAAAACAUUUGAUCUCAAAUCCAAAAUGCUGGAGUAUAAAGACACAUUUUAAGUUUUACCUUCCCUGUCCAAAUAAAUAUCUAUGGGAAUGUGUUGUUUAUUAUGUAUCAAUGCCUAAAGUAUGUGUUUUACAGGAGUCUGAGGGACAUUUUACAAGGUAAACAUUGCCUUAUAACGAACAGACUAGUAGUCCAUACCAAAACCAAUGCUUACUGUACCUCUCAGGUCUCCGUAGGUGAUUUGAGCAGGGCUACCCACUGUGGCAGUGAUUAGUGACUUUCUGGAUGUGAUUGGGAGUAUUCUUUUUAGCUGGUGAGCCAGAUUUCACAAAUAAAUUGUAGAAAAUGCCUACUUGUUACCCCGGGAAAACUAAAUGAAUGCAGCCAUUGUGAGCGAUUCUCUGUGAUGGAGAAGGACCUGCUUUUUAACCAUUGUUAUGUUGUAAAUAUUUGUUUUUCUUGUGCCCCCCCCCCAAGAUGCACAAACCAAGAUUGAGCUCUUUUAAUACAAUUAUGUUGGUGGUGUGGAUGAAAAUAUUGAGAGGUUGUCAAUGGUGAGUGUGUGUACACAGUGUGAGAGAGUGCCUUUCAAGUUGAUGUUAGUUGUAUUUGACAUUUGACAUGUUGAUUCACUACUCAUGUUGAUUCACUACUCUUCAAUCAAACCUUUUAUAUUUGACAUUUCACAUCAUUGCUCUUCUGAAAUUGGGGAGUUGAUAACCAUUUAUACUUGUAUGAUGGUGUUCUGUCAUCGUUGUUCAUGAUCUUAUUUUAGCUGAUGUAUUCAACAAAAUCAAGGAUGCCUCUUCAAUGACAAAAUGUUAUGCACCAAGGAAUCCGAUUACUGUAUAGAGUACACUUAGGUUAAAGAUGGCACAAAGAAAAGGUUAGGCAGGGAGACUACCAAGAACUGUGUAUUUCUGUAAAGAUGUGUUGCUUGACAAGCCUACUACUUGGGGGCAGGCUUUUUACAAUUGUUAGGAAGUCCUACAUAUGCCCAUGCCAUCACCCCCCCCCCCCCCAAAAAAAAAACAAAUAGCAUAUGAACAUGUCAUAAGCCAUUGCAAAAUGUGUAGAAUUUCAGAAAAUUUGUUUUAAAAAUGUUGUCUCAGGCUCAUGGCAAAAUGUACAGAAUAUCUGAAAAAUUGGUAGCACUUAAUAAUAACUCCAAGCAAUAAAGCAUUUAUAAUGGAUUAGAAAA